AUAAGAUAAGAAGGAGAGGAGGGACUGAAAAGCAAGAGAUAGGAAAGGGGGGUUGGAAAAGGUACAUAUAGGGGGAACAACAGGAAGUGGCUUUAGUACUAACCUUUUUUGUUUCAGGAGCUGCUUGUAGCUGAUGCAGAAGAAGUUGCUGAAGAUGACGGCCAGAAGCAGGAGAAUUCCCAAACGGUUCCUUACAGAUGAUGAGACCCUCUGGAAGACGAGAGCAAUCCGGGCUCAGAAGAGAUUGAAGCUCCUGGAAAAAAGGCAGGGAGAGAAACAGAAGAAGCAGGAGACGGUCUUGGAGCAGAAGGCAGCGGUAACCCCCCCUGAGAGAGAGCGGAUGCAAGAGGGUAACAAGAGAGACAAAGUGGGUAAAGUGAACAAUGGAGCAGGUGACAAAGAGGUCGAAGGGAGCACGACAGGGCCGCAGGGAAUGGCGGCAGCAGACAAGGAAGGACAAGACGGGCAUCGUGUGAGCCAUAAGAAACACGGUAAGCAAAUGUAUUAUAGUGACAGUAGUGAAUCUUCGUCAGAUAGUUCCACGGAUGAUGACUUUGAGGAUGAUAAGCGUAAUGGGAGGGGGCAUAGAAAAAUCUUGAAAAUUGUAAGAAAGUUAUAUGCUAAGCAAGAGAAAAAUAAGGUGGUGAAGGAAGGGUAUGAGGACGGGGACAGCAGUGAUAAUGUGGUGAAUUUAGACGAUGAAGUAGCAGCGACCAAGCUCUUACCCCUUCCCACACAUUUAAAAGCGAAGGUUGUUAGGAAAGCGCAGAGAGGACGGUAUGUGGAUGUGUUUGAAAUGACUAGGGAAGCUUUGGCGGUCAAAUCUAAUGAGGGAAGGGGGAGAAGGGCAAAGCAGACAUUUCCAGAAUGGGUGAAAGGGAUGGUCAUAUAUGCAGAAUGUUUUCUAACGGCCAAUCCAGAUAAGAUGAAAGGGGUGCUGAGAUACAUACAUUUAAUAGCGGAAUGCUACACCACAUACGGGGGUUUCGCAUGGAAGGAUUAUGAUAGGGAAUUUAGGAAAGGAAAUAUACAAUUGGGAGGUAAAGGUAGGAAGGAUUUUGGGGUAAAAAUACUAGAUACAUGGACGAGGGUGAUGAAGGUCCCUGAAGCACAAGGUAGGCCCAUAGGGCAAGGGAAAACAUUCAGAACAGAGGCAAAGGAAUGCUGGGCGUUUAAUGACAAGAGGUGCGACAGGGGGAAUUCAUGUAAAUAUAAGCACGCAUGUAGGCAUUGUGGCGGAGCGCACCCAGGAGUGGAUUGUAGGAAGGGUAAUGCCAAUAACAAUAGCAAGUUUUCCUUUCGAGGGCACGGGGGCAACGGUAGCGGAGGAGGAAUGGCGGGUAAUGGCCAAAACACCGCUGAGGGUAGAUAGGAUCAUUGAGGAAUUGGCAAUGUACCCGCUGAAAGAGGAAAGGAUUUUGUUAACAAACGGUUUGCGUGUAGGUUUUGUGGUCCCAGUUAAAACAGAAGUUAAAGGGGCUAUGCAGGCGAGAAAUUUAAAAUCUGCAGCAGAAUUUCCAGGAGUACUAGCGGAAAAAUUGAGGAAGGAGGUUAAAUUGGGGAGAAUGGCAGGGCCAUUCAAAGAGAAGCCGUGUGCUGACUUGAUUGUGUCCCCCCUGGGAGUAGUUCCCAAGAAAGAGAAGGGUAAAUACAGGAUGAUACAGCACCUGUCCUACCCCAGGGGGAAUUCAGUCAACGACGCAAUUGACAAGUUGGAUUCUUCAGUGCAAUAUCAAUCAUUUGAUAGUGCGGUAAGAAUAGUGAAACGGCUUGGAAAAGGGGCGUUGAUGGCAAAGAUAGAUGUGGAAUCUGCUUUUAGGUUAUUGCCUUUGAACACAGCUAGUUUUAAUUUAAUGGGUUGUAAGUUUGAUGGUGAUUAUUACAUAGAUAAGUGUUUGCCCAUGGGGUGUUCGGUUUCUUGUUCAGUUUUUGAAAAGUUUAGUUCAUUUUUGCAUUGGUUGUUUACAGAAAAAACAGGAUGUGAGAGUAUGUCUCACUACUUAGAUGAUUUUUUGGUGGUAGGCAGGAAAGAGACAGGGGAAUGUAGAAUCUGGAAGGAAGAGCUAGAGGCAAUGUUCAAACAGUUGGGAGUGCCAGUAGCAGCGGAAAAG